CUCACAGGCUCCUCCCACAAUCAGCUUCAUUUGUUUGGCAACAAGGAUGUCCUACUUGUAUAACCGCGGCAUCUAGCCCGUUAUCGAUUGUAUUUAGAUUUUAAAACAAAUAUUCGCCUUUAAAAACUGAGAGGAGGCUGAGCUCCGGUCCCUUUGCCCCCCAUCAGCUCCCGGUGGUCAAAAUGUCGGUCGGAUUCCGCUGCCGUGCCCUAAUCCCAUGGAUGAUCCUGGCCGCCGUGCUGGGUUCGGUCCUCGGUUUGGGAGAAGAUCUCGACCGGCCUCUGUUUGGGCCUCCAGGAUCACCCAUUCGGGUUCAUGAGUCCGAUCCAGGUUUGAAGAAGGUGAUGCUUUUCGCGGAGGAGCGAUACAACCGGGGCUCCAACGCCAUGCACCUCCGUAAAAUCAGCCGGUUCGUCUCCGCCACCAAACAGCUGGUUAAAGGAAUUCGAUACACAAUAACAGUGGAGCUGAGCAACACCCUCUGCAAGAAAUCUGCCAUGCUCAGGACAUGUGACUUCUAUCCAGAGACUCAGAAGCUGAAGACUGAGGUGUGUGUGUUUGAAGUGUGGGACAUCCCCUGGCAGGGCACUUCAACCCUGCUGAAACAGAAGUGCAGUCCUAAAGCUGAAGUGGAAGAAACCAACCGCAUGGAGAAACCAACCAACAGCCAACUUGCGGAGGAGUCUGUGCAGCUUCUAGGCCAGUUUAAAGAGUUCAUGGUCAAGUACAAGAAGGACUACAGCAGUCAGGAGGAGGCUGAAAGGCGUUUCCAAAUUUUCCACGAGAAUCUGAAAACCGCUGAGAAGCUCCAGGCUUUGGAUCAAGGUUCAGCUGAAUAUGGCGUCACCAAGUUCAGUGACCUGACUGAGGAGGAAUUUCACUCCGCAUACCUGAACCCCCUGCUGAGCCAGUGGACGCUCCACCGGGAAAUGAAACCAGCUCCUCCUGCCAAAAGCCCCGCCCCUGACAGCUGGGACUGGAGGGACCACGGAGCUGUCAGCCCAGUUAAAAACCAGGGGAUGUGCGGAUCUUGUUGGGCUUUCUCUGUCACAGGAAACAUCGAGGGUCAGUGGUUCCUGAAAAAUGGAACUUUGCUGUCGCUCUCAGAACAAGAGCUGGUUGACUGUGACGGUUUAGAUCAGGCGUGCCGAGGCGGGCUGCCGUCAAACGCCUAUGAAGCCAUCGAGAAGCUGGGUGGUUUGGAGACAGAAACCGACUACUCCUACACAGGAAAGAAGCAGAGAUGUGACUUCACCAACAGGAAGGUGGCCGCUUACAUCAACAGCUCUGUGGAGCUCCCCAAAGAUGAGAAGGAGAUCGCGGCUUGGCUGGCGGAGAACGGACCCAUCUCCGUUGCCUUGAAUGCUUUUGCAAUGCAGUUCUAUAAGAAGGGUGUUUCUCACCCUUGGAAGAUCUUCUGCAACCCCUGGAUGAUCGACCACGCCGUCCUCCUGGUGGGAUACGGUGAACGUAAUGGGAUCCCAUUUUGGGCCAUCAAGAACAGCUGGGGCGAGGAUUAUGGCGAGCAGGGUUACUACUACCUGCACAGAGGCUCCAACGCCUGUGGCAUCAACAAGAUGGGCUCAUCGGCUGUAGUCAACUAAACACAUCCAAACGCCGCAGUUGCAGCUGUUCUGCUCCAUCAUCUUUACACAAUGCAUGAACCCGAAAUCCAAAACACGAAGGUUUUACUGAUUCCGUUAAAAAAAGUCGCACAUUUAAACUUCAGACCUCUUCACUCACGUCACUUUACCCACUGAAGCAACAAUUCAUCAAACUUUACAGUAUUCCUAAAACUAGCUUUGUGUGCACGUUGUAUUCCAGCAGAUCUCCUCCAGCAAUUCAUAGAGAUGCCGUGUAAAAAUGCAGUUUGGUUGUAGUCCAUUCUCCACUUGCAGUGACUGAGCCUUAUGCUUGAAGUCUCUUCAUCUUAACUGGAAGUUCUUUGAAGUAUUAUUGUGUUCCUGAAGGAAUAGUUGUUUGGUUUUUACCGUGGUCUACACACUGCUACAAACCUGAAAUGCAAUUUUGACUGCUGUAAGGAGGAAUGAUGGGUAAAAACUAAAUAAAAAGAUUGAAACCAUAAA